AUGAAUACCAGUGGUGCAGGGAACCAGCAUACGAACAAUGGUGAGGGGGAGAGGCCACCGCACAGCGGCCAUCGCGGUGACACGGGAAGCGUCGAUCCAACGGAUUCUGGCCCCGGCUGGAUUCACGAGCUGUUUCGUCAACAGCACAAGAUGAUGCUGGAGCAGCAACAAGCAUUUAUGAAGCAGCAGGAAAAGCUGAUAGGCGAGAUUUGGCAGACAGCGCAGCUUAAGCAGACCGUGAAUGGGUCAGAGCAGCUUAGCGAUGUGCUGGAGGGCCAGGUGAAAGAUUUUCACUUUGAUCCGGAGAGUACGACGUUCGCCGGAUGGUUCUCGCGUUAUGAGGAUCUGUUCGAGAGGGACGCCAGUAAGCUGGAGGAUGACGCGAAGGUGCGGCUGCUGCUGAGGAAGCUAGGGCAAUCAGAGCAUGAGCGGUACACCAGCUACGUACUGCCACGUAAGCCGAAAGACUUCAAAUUUGCGGAAACUGUAAGUACGCUGAAAUCGCUGUUUGGUUCUCGUGACUCAGAGGUCAGCAAGCGGUUUAAGUGCUUGCAGUUGCAGAAAAGUGGCUUGGAAGAUACGUGA